AUUUACUUAUUUUCAAACAUAAAUAAUAUUACUUUCUAUUCUCGAACUAAUAUGGAAGUCAUAUCUAAUCACAUAAAUGGCUCCGUCAUCACUAUCAACGGCCACCAUCACACUAAUGGCAAGUCCAAGUCCGAUCACCGGAAUGGCGGUGUUACAGCUCAUGACAAUGGCAAUAAGCUAUCAUUGGGGAGCUACAACUCUAUUAAGCCCGGUUGGUUUUCAGAAUUUAGCGCGUUAUGGCCAGGUGAAGCAUUCUCAGUAAAAAUUGAGAAGUUACUAUUUCAAGGAAAGUCUGAUUACCAAGAUGUCAUGCUCUUUGAGUCAGCAACUUAUGGUAAAGUUCUUACAUUGGAUGGAGCAAUUCAACACACAGAAAAUGGUGGAUUUUCAUAUACUGAAAUGAUUGUUCAUCUACCACUUGGUUCCAUCCCAACUCCAAAAAAGGUGUUGAUCAUUGGUGGAGGAAUUGGUUUUACAUUAUUUGAAGUACUUCGUUAUUCUACCAUCGAAAAAAUAGACAUCGUUGAAAUUGAUGACGUGGUGGUCGAUGUGUCUAGAAAAUUUUUUCCCUACCUCGCAGCUAAUUUUAAUGAUCCUCGUGUAACUCUGGUUCUCGACGAUGGAGCUGCAUUUGUAAAGGCAGCACAAGCAGGGUAUUAUGAUGCUAUUAUAGUGGACUCUUCUGAUCCUAUUGGUCCAGCAAAAGAUUUGUUUGAAAGGCCAUUUUUUGAAGCAGUAGCCAAAGCUCUUAGACCAGGAGGAGUUGUAUGUACCCAAGCAGAAAGCAUUUGGCUUCAUAUGCAUAUUAUUAAACAAAUCAUUGCUAAUUGUCGUCAAGUCUUCAAGGGUUCUGUCAACUACGCUUGGACUACUGUUCCAACUUAUCCAACUGGUGUAAUUGGUUACAUGCUUUGCUCUACUGAGGGGCCAGAAGUUGACUUCAAGAAUCCAAUUAAUCCAAUUGACAAAGAUUCAACUCAUGUCAAGUCAAAAUUAGGACCACUCAAGUUCUACAACUCUGAUAUUCAUAAAGCAGCUUUUAUUUUGCCAUCUUUUGCCAGAAGUUUGAUUGAGUCUUAAAUCAAAUAAAGAAGGAAGAUUGAUGGUACAUUAGUUGGAGUUGUGGGAUUGGAAUUCUUGAGUUUUGCUUUAUUUGUAAUAUGUAUUGUAAUAUCGACCAUCGAGGUCGGUUGAUUUAUGCAAUUUUAUUUUUCAUGUCGCUUCUAAUAAAACUAUAGUACGUUAAAUACGAUAUGUAGUAGAAGAAUUCCACACUGAUGAAUAUCAGUGUUGAUUUUAUGCAUGAUUCACAAA